AGCGAAAUUGGGCCAAACGUCAAAUUUGUUCGGUAAAUGUUAGGCGCGCACAACUGAUGUGAAUUUGUUGGUAUUAUUUCAAAGUUAAAUACUAUUCAAAAUGUCCAAAAGUUUUGAUAGAAGUCUUCAGUUACAUACCUCGCAGUUUACACCUUUGAAGAAUAAAAGAAACAGACAGUUUUUACAGAGAGAAGAUACGUUAAAUCUAUCGCCGAUAUUGAAUGAAACUUCUAUAUUCAAAAACCUCAACGACACUAGUUUAAGGCAAGUUUUAGAUGAAUCCUCGAUAGUAAUAAAUCCUGGGGUCACCAGUGAGGGAUUGAGUGAAGCAUUCUUUGAAAUUAUUCAAACAAGUCGCCCCAGCGAUGUAUUGGACACUCUAGCGAGGUUAGCGCAGGUGUGCUGCGACUCUUUGGAAUUAGUAGAACCAUGGAACAGAUACAAUGCUCAGAACUAUUGGCUGGCUGAGGAGGCAAACACAUGGAAACUGCUGCAUUGUCUUUAUGCUGAUUCUAUUACUGAACAUCCAGAAUCGUUGGACAGUCUCAUCACAGAAACUACACUGUCACAGCAGACUUUGGUAAAUGCUUUGUUUAGGAGUGACUCGGAAUUAAGACUGUUACAACUGCUGGUUGACUGGUUGGAGGCCACUGCAGCUUAUCAAGAAGAAGCCACAAAGACCUCUGCUCCAAUAAUAAGUAACAAUAUACACUGGGGAAAUACUUUACACGAGUUGUUACUUGGAUCAAGCUUGUUUAAUAAAGAAAAGAGCAAAUCUAUGGUGACAUGCAUAGAUCCGGAUGCACCAAGACGUCAGAGGAAACAAAUCCAUUCUGAUGAUCAAAAAGAUGAUAAUGAUUUGUGUAAAAGAAUAUUUACUGAAGUAAGAUGUGGUAAUUUUAAAGAUGCAGUUUCCCUUUGUAUAAGUGCUGGGCAGGCCUGGCGAGGGGCUGUGUUGCAGGGUUGGAUAUUACUUCACUACUUGCCUAAGGAGGAACCUACUUCAGCUUUGGAAAUAACUGGUAAUCCUUCUAGAGAUUUGUGGAAAUGGUGUGCAUUAGGACUAACCAACAACACAGCUGAGAAUAUUCAUUAUAGAGCUACUGUUGGGGUUCUAUGUGGGCAUCUGGCCAGUACCCUGCCUGCUUGCCAAGGCAAUUGGGAAGAUUUGCUUUGGGCUCAUUUGAGAGCACAGAUUGAGACGAGAGUUGAUAAGUUUUUACAUGAACAUCAUGCUACAGUUGAUGCUAAUACCACUCCAUCUGAUGUUCUGGAACUCUUACAAUCAGAGCUGAAGGCUGAAGAAUUAAGUUUACAGCAGAUUUUUAGUGCUGUUAAAGCCUUGAUGGAUGGUAAAAAGGAAUCCUUGUAUCAGACCUGCCAGCGUCAUCUGAUGCUUGGCCAUGUCAGAGCCAUUAUGCAAGAUUCAUUACAGUGGAUUGAAAACAGUGAUGAUAGAUUCAUUCGUUUUCUUGCUCAUCUCAUUUUAGUCCUAAGACAGAUGGGUAAAGACCCUCAACAUGAUAUUGGUGAUCAAAUUUUGGAGAAAUAUGUCACAGAACUUAUUAGCAAAUUAAUUGAUGGGUCCGUAGAAUGUCCAGAACUUAUUGCUUAUUACACUUCAACUGUGCCAAUUGCCAGACAGAUUGUGCUAUAUGCUGAACUGAUGGAUCACAUUCACAAGAGUGAUUACAGAGAGGGAGUUGUCAAAGCAGGACUCAAUGCUGGCAUUGAUGUUGCAGCAUCAGCAAGAGUUGCUAUCAAAAAGGCUAUUACAGACAUUCAACAAGGCUAUGGAAAUUUAGAUUUAACAUUUACUCAAACCACAGCUGUUGAAAAGGAUAAAACUUUGAUUCAGAAAGUUAUAUCAUCCCUUGAAUGGUUAUCUCUUAUAUCGAACCAGUUGGAGGAAGCUCUGUGGCUCAGUAAUGCUAUGAUUAGAACAUUUAUCUUCAUUGGAAAUACAGAUGCAGCUUUAGCUUGUCUCGUAAAUGUAAACAAGAUGUUCCCAGAUUUCUUGAGUAAAAUAUCUCCAAGUUCUGCAGAAUUGAGAGAACAUUUGUGUUUGAAGGCAUACUUAGAAGCCUUGGAAGGAUUUGCUACUUGGUACAGACACUUUAUAAGUGGCCAACCUAAAGACGUAGAACCACUCAUGCCUGAUGCAUCAUUCUCUGACAAAGUGCAUCAUGAGCAGAGGUGUGCUCAAGUGGAACAACAAAAAGCCCGCUGGUUGAAUGCUGUGCAACACCAAGCUAAGCAUUCAAAGAAUUUGUUGUACAAUGUAUUGUUAUUCCCUGGAGGAUGGCUUCAAGACGAAAAUGAUAGCACUACCUCCCAAAAGUUCAGUGAAGAAGAAAAACAAGAGAGAACCAAGCAAUUGGAGACUCUGAGGCGUCUCUGUAUUCCAGAAAUUGUUAUUUUGAUCUUGAAAAUAUUACAGAGCAGUGAAGACAUUGAAAAUCACAAGGAAGCUCUCAAACUCUGUGAUCUUAUUGCUGGAGAGAAUAGAUGUCUCUACAAAGUGUUUACUAAGAGCAAACUAAUGGAAGUUUUGGAGAGAAUUAAGGAAUCAUCAUUACUGCUUAUAGAGAAAGGAAGAGAUAUGUUUGGAUAUGAAAUAACAGAAUAAUGCAUGUAAUUUUUCAUUUUUAAAUAAAUGUUUGUAUUAACAAUAUAAA